UCGAAAUAGACGCGCAGGCCACACAGACUAUAUAGUAUAAAAAAUACUUCACCAGCAGCACAACACAGAAACUCCAUUUUUUAGAGAGAGAAAGACUCUUCACUCCUAACUAUACGUACACACAUACUUAUAUAUAUUUUUAGAGAGAGAAAAAAGAUAAACCGCUACUCGCCGAUGCAUCGAACAAUCAAAACCUAAUGCGUAUUUGCAUAUUCGUGUCAAUCUGUUGAUUCUUCAAAUAUAUAGUAUACGUGUUUGGGACACACGCGCUUGAGCCGCUAUCAGAAUUGUAUUGAAGUGUCGUCGUUUUUUAUCGGUGUGCGUGCUGCUGCAGAUCUUGAAACGGCGUCGUUCAGUCGUAUUUCGUUUCGCCCCUACAUUUCCGCUUCUGUAUCUCUCGCGAUUUUUUUUUUGAUUUGAUCAAUUCGAUUUCGUUUUGCCGAAAUCGAAUUGGAAAACGCUUGCAAAGAUCAAGCUUGUUUUCCAGUUCCGGUGUAAAUAAAAAAAAAUUUAAAUUCACGGAAAAAAAAGUUGAAUCGGUUGCGAGCGGAGGAGCGGUAAUAGUGAGGAAAUGGACGAUAGAGGCGGCGGCGGCGGAGGAGGAUCUUUUGUGGCGGUGAGGCGAAUACCGCAAGGGCUCGAUCGUGGAGGUGCUUGCCAUUCUACUUCUGCGGAGGUUGUGGCAGGAUCGACAGCAUGGCUUGGCAAAGGCCUUUCAUGCGUUUGUGCUCAGGGAGGAGAAAAUGAUGCUCGCCCAUCAUUUGAUUUGACAACGGCACAGGAAGAAUGCCUAGAGAGGCUACAAAAUCGGUUAGAUGCAGCAUAUGAUAGUUCUAUUCCCGUCCAUCAGGAAGCUCUACGGGCAUUGUGGAAUGCUGCUUUUCCUGGGCAAGAACUCCAUGGUUUAAUAUCAGACCAGUGGAAAGAAAUGGGUUGGCAAGGAAAAGAUCCGUCAACAGAUUUUCGGGGUGGAGGUUUCAUAUCACUGGAAAAUUUGCUGUACUUUGCUAGGAAUUUUCCGAAAUCUUUUCAGAGUCUUCUUUGGAAGCAGGAAGGUGACAGGGCGUUGUGGGAAUACCCAUUUGCCGUAGCUGGUGUCAACAUCACAUUCAUGCUUAUUCAGAUUCUUGACCUUGAAGCAGUGAAGCCCAGAACGCUCGUGGGAGCAACCUUUUUGAAAUUUCUUGCAGUAAAUGAAUCAGCAUUUGAUCUUCUAUAUUGUAUCGCGUUCAAGCUAAUGGACCAACAAUGGCUUGCCAUGCGUGCUUCUUACAUGGACUUCAACGCUGUGAUGAAAGCUACUCGUCGUGAGUUGGAGAGAGAGCUUCUCCAAGAAGAUAUAAAACGUCUCGAAGACUUGCCUUCCUAUUGCCUUCUUAGUCAGUAGUGUUAUAAGUAGCCGUCUCUCAAUUUCCCAUUUUUUCGUGUUGUAUUUCCAUACUACUAUAGUUUUUUCGUGUUGCACUUCCUUUGUUAUAGUAGGUUUGGGCAUUUAUGAAGUUUGUGCAGAACCGCUAGUUAUAUGAUUUGUACUAUUUUUACAUACUUUUUUUUUGAUAAGUAACUAUUUUUACAUA